AUGAAACCAUACAUUUUGACGUUCCUAUUAUUCCUUCUGCUCGCGGAUAAAUCCCAUGCAAAGGGUGGGGUUCGUUCUUCUCUACGCCGAGGAUUAUUCAGGAGCACCGGCGGCGGAGUGAUCGGUUUCCGAUGGCACAACACCGUCAACAACGUCGAACAACAGGAGUUGUCUCCGCCGCCGCCAACCAAGCAAGUCAAAGGCCUUUCUCGCAUCAAAGACUACUUCUCCGACUUCGGCUACCUCCAAUCCUCUCCUCCAUUCAACGAUUCCCUCGACCACCAAACACGAACCGCUAUCAAGUCCUACCAGCGUUUUUUCAAUCUCAACCCCACCGGCGACCUAACCAACGAGACGUUCCACAAACUUUCGCUGCCGCGGUGCGGCGUCCCCGACGUGAACUUCGAGUUCUCCGCCGUGGGGAAUGUGUCGUGGCCCAAGGCCGGGCGGCGGUGGUUCUCCGGGAUGAGGCUCACGUACGGGUUCUUCCCGGCGAGUAGGAUUCCGGGGAACGCGACUGAGGUGUUCAGGAGGGCGUUCGCGCGGUGGGGUAGGGCUGUUCCGGGGUUGAAUCUGACGGAGGGGAGUUAUGAUGAGGCUGAUAUUAGGGUGGGAUUUUACGAUUUGGACGAGGGCGUUGAGGAUGUGGUGUGGGGUGAGAGCGUUGUGAGGUUGCGGAAUGGUAUGACCGGAGAGAUACGUUUGGAUGCGAGCAAGGAGUGGAGGCUGGCGAAGGAAAACGGCAGCGUAUUGGGGAAGGAGGGGGCGUUGGAUUUGGAGAGUGUGGCGAUGCAUCAGAUAGGGCAUUUGUUAGGGCUUGAUCAUUCGAACGUGGAGGAGUCUGUUAUGUACCCUUAUGUGUUGCCGUCGAAGCAAAGAAAGGUGGAGCUCUCGGUCUCUGAUAAGGUCAAGAUUCAGGGUGUGCUUAGUCAUGGAAACUCUGGUCAUGGUGAACAUUGGGGAGUGUCUCUAACAAUUACCGCAUUAGGGUUUAUGCUAAUUCUAGCUUGA